CCGGCAUCUGGCCCUUUUGUGGGUGCGUGUGGUGGGUUGUCCGAGCAGCACUGGUCGCAGCCCGAUAUGUCGUGGAUGCAAGCAGCCACGUGUGGUAGUGGGCAACAACCAAGCCACGUUGCAAUGGAGGACGGCCGGUCAAACAGGGAUCCUGCAUGGACUGAAUAUGAUGGGAGUGGGCCUCACUCACACGUCCGAAUGGAAGGGGCUGCCAAUGUCAGUGACUGUCAUCGGCCUUCUCCACGAAUGUCACUGCCUGUGCCGGAUGGGCUUGGGUCACCAGCCCCGUUGGUGCACCGACUUGCAGCCUCGUUGGUGCACCAACCACCAGCCCCACCGGCACACCAACCAACUGUGGCCAACGCUUCCCACGCAAUGGGGUCAGGUGCAACUGCAGGUGUGGAAGGUGCACACCGUGACGCACCGAAGGUGAUAGGAGGGAAUGCGAAAGGGCAUCCUCGCGGCAGUGUGAGACAAGCUCGCAGUUCCCCCGGAGGCGUGCAGUCAUCGUCCCCGACUGCGGCAGAUGUCAAUGACAAUGGCACGGGAGACGGGGUUACUCUUGACGGGACGCAGGCCCCGGCGUCUUUUGGUAAGGAGGACAUGAAAUGUUGGACGGAGGAAGAGUCCCUUGCGCUGAUUCAUGUGAAACGUGAGUAUGACAAUGAGCAGGAGUUGCGAUCCAACCGCGUAACCGAACGUUGCGUGAAAGCAGAGGUGCAUUGGGGUCGUGUGGCGGACCGUCUUCGCACCGAGAGCGGAGUGGAGAAAGACUGGGAUAAGACGGUCAUUGGUGCGAAUGCGACAGACACGGGUGUCCCAUUUGUACCACCUGUUGAUGCGGUGGAGGACUCAGGCGACACUGCGAGGGCGGGUGGCUUCAAUCGUCGGAAAAGUGUUCAAGAAAAAAACAUGUCGGAGGUGGCGGACAUUGUCAAGUGUCAUACCCAUGCGACGAUCGAUGUUAUCAAGCAGGUCGUCGACGCACAGGGAGCGUCUAGCAGCACCCUCAAGGAAGUUGUAAACUCCAUAAACGAUUGCGCGCGCGAGAAUAGUAAGACGUUGUCCGGCGCACUGUCCGACUUUGCAAGAGCUUUCCGUGAGCCCCCUCCGACGACUGCCAAUGCGGGUUCAACGUCCCGAACACGUGAUCCAUCUAAAUAUCGUGGUGGUCGGUGAAGAUUCGUACGUCCUGUCUGUGGAUGGGGCGCAUGACUUCCUUUCUUUCAGUUUAAUGCUUAAACCAGCAUGCUCG